AUGAAGAAUUACAGCCUCCAUCCCCGCGCUGAAGGCAUCGGUGGCACUAGGGGCCGUCUCGACAACGGUGAUAUUAUCGCUAUUAUUGGAAUCUUUGCGUCUGUUAUCGCUACAAUCUUCGGCGCGUGGCUUCUAGAUAAACUUCGGAAAAGAUUUAGAGGGCCAGGAGCGCAUGAAGUAUCAGCCGAAAGUCUCGAAGCAAAUGUUAACCACGGCUCAUCGCAGGAGCCUUGUUCAGCUGCCGUUCACUGCCGACAAGACCUGGAACCUACGACCACUCAACCUGUACAAACAUCACAGACAAUGAUGAUGACCAUAUCGACGCCCGAGGUGAACGCAUCUCCGUCGCGCCUGUGGGCAGACCCGGUCCGCCGGCUUGAAGUCGGAAUAAACCAGCCAAAACGAGCCCAUACUUGGGCUGCAGAUAAAUGA